AUGAGCCAAACCAGUUAUAUCGAAGAAGCCAAUGAACAAUUAUCGAACACUACAUUUUAUAAGAAAUUAGAUAAGGACCAUACUGUUGAUUUUAAACGUGAACUUUUGAACAUGACCACAGGGUUAUCUACUCAUACCCGUUCACGUAUGCCUGCUCUUAUCCCUAGGAACCCACAGCCAGGUACGUUUUACACCAUUCAAAAACUACACAAGCUACCCAAACUUAUCGACAACAUGCUCACAACCAACCCGCACAACAUAUCCACAUCCAUUGAUCCAUUCAAAAUAUUUGACAUCGCUAAGUCGCUCAAUAUUCAUCCACCAGGCCGUCCCAUUAUCUCCAAUAUAGGAACGCUUACUGAACACCUAUCCGGUUACGUGGAUUCUGUUAUUAAACCUUUCAUUCCCUCCAUCCCCAGCUACAUCAAAGAUACCACGCACUUUCUCAACAAUCUCUCACAAAUCCCUAACCUUCAGACGGAUGCUCUAUUGGUCACCAUGGAUGUCACAUCCCUGUACGCGAACAUCCCCCAUGCUGAAGGCCUAGUCGCCCUUGAAUCGUUGCUCAGCAAAAACUUGUUUCCAUUAGAUCACAUCCAGGAUAUUUUAUCUAUUUCUAGGUUCAUACUUACCCAUAAUAAUUUUAUAUUUAAAGAUCAACACUACCUUCAGAUCAGCGGUACUGCCAUGGGUACUAAAAUGGCCCCCAAUUAUGCUAAUGCCUUCAUGUCUUCCCUCGAGGAGAAACUUAUCAACAGUUUUCAUCUCAAACCUAUGCAUUAUGUCAGAUACAUUGACGACAUUUUUUUUAUAUGGAACCAUGGCAUUGAUGCGCUUGAGCUUUUCAAAACUCAUGCGAACGCUUUCCAUCCCACUAUUAAAUUCACGUUUGAACACUCUCAACACACUCUCCCGUUCCUCGAUGUCUCUGUCAAGGUUACAGACGGGAAACUCUCGACUUCUUUGUACUGUAAGCCCACCAAUCGUCACUGUUAUCUUAACUAUAACAGCUUUCAUCCCCUUAAACUCAAACAAUCAUUGAUAUUCAGCCAAUGUCUUCGCAUCAGAUGA